GGGCAAACCAGAGACGGAAACUUCCAGUCUGAAGGGAGAUGAGGAAACAUAACCAAAGCCAAAUGAACAGAGAGGAACGGACCUGGCUGAGUUUGUUCUCUUUUAAUAUGAGCCAGCUGAUUCUUUUUUUGUCAAAGUGGAUUUUGUAAAUACUUUGAAUACUUUUAUACUAUUACUUUUUGGAGUUUGUUUGCUUACCUUUUUGCAUUACAAAGGUGUGAGUGAGAGCAGUGGAACAGUCAGAGUAGAGGGAGGAGCUGCAGGGUUCUCCAUGUAUGGACUGCAGCUCUGUUCAUAUGGUAAACAGAUGGUCACAUGGGGCAAUAGUCUUGAAGCAGUGGGGAGAAAAGGGAGGGAAAUGAACAAGGAAAGAGAGUGAGGAGAUACACCGAAGGACUUUGGCCUGCCCCAUGUGCAGGAGGCGGCACUUUCACCCUGAGUUUAAGACCCAUGGGAUCACAUUACAAAAAGAAGGGAAAUAACAGAUUUGAAGUGAGAAGAGAACCAUGUUGUGGUUGAACUGAAUCCUUAGCUUUCCUCACUGGGGUCCCAGUAGGGCUCUAUUUCUUUCAUUUGACUCCCUUUAGAAACUUUUUUCCUCUUUACUGUGGGAGUGAAAGUUCAUCAGCGAGUGCCAUCCUGGUCACGUCCUUGUCACUGGAGACCUCUUCAUACUUUCUUACGUGGAAGUAAAAAUCCAAGAUGCCCACCAAUUUCACUGUAGUGCCAGUGGAGGAUUCAGAGGAUGCCAGCAACAGCGCGGGUGCAGCUGAAGGCAGCAAACCUAUCAGCCUGGGCAAAAUUUUUGGGGAGGAAGUCGAUGAAGACAACUCAGAAGAACCUCACUCAGGAGAUGACAGUCAGAGAGAGUCCAGGCCAUUCAUCAACCCAGAUAAUGAUGGAGAACACUAUUAUGAUGGCAAGAACAUGGCCCUGUUUGAGGAGGAAAUGGACAGUACCCCAAUGGUUUCAUCUCUUCUCAACAAGCUGGCCAACUACACCAACUUGACCCAGGGUGUUCGUGAGCAUGAGGAGGCAGAGAACGAGGAUGGGGUCAGGAGGGUCACUGUCACGGUCCCCCAGAUGGGAACCUUCAUUGGAGUUUACCUGCCCUGCAUGCAGAACAUCCUGGGUGUGAUUCUCUUUCUGCGUCUCACCUGGAUCGUCGGCACAGCAGGAAUCCUGGGAUCCUUUGCCAUUGUCUCCAUGUGCUGCAUCUGUACCUUACUCACUGCCAUAUCAAUGAGUGCCAUAGCAACCAAUGGAGUCGUCCCAGCCGGUGGCUCGUACUACAUGAUCUCCAGAUCUUUGGGUCCUGAGUUUGGAGGAGCAGUGGGACUCUGUUUCUACCUGGGGACCACCUUCGCUGGAUCCCUUUACAUUCUGGGCACCAUAGAGAUUCUGCUGACAUACAUUAUUCCAACAGCAACACUAUUUGAGGAAGGUGCGGCAAUGCCCAACAAUAUGCGUGUCUAUGGCACAUGCUGCUUGGUCCUCAUGGCGCUGGUAGUGUUUGUAGGGGUUAAGUAUGUGAACAAACUGGCUCUGGUGUUUCUGGCCUGUGUGAUUCUAUCAAUCAUGGCCACUUAUGCAGGAGUCAUCAAGACGCUCAUCGAACCACCUGAGUUUAAGAUCUGUUUGUUGGGGAACCGCACACUGAAGAAUGAAAAGUUUGAAACAUGUGCGAAGACGAAGGUAGUGAAAAACAUCACUGUGACCACUGACCUCUGGCCCCUGUUCUGUGACAGCGAAUAUCCCAAUGCCACCUGCAAAGAGUACUUCAUCUCAAACAACCUGACAGAAAUACAGGCCAUACCUGGGCUUCUGAGUGGAGUUAUCAAAGACAACCUGUGGGGCAACUAUGGUCCAGCUGGUACAUUGAUAGAGAAGGAAAGCCAGCCUUCAGCACCAGUCAAGGAAACGACCACAGACAUCUCACCAUAUGUCUUCAAUGACAUCACCACCUUCUUCACUCUACUGGUGGGAAUAUACUUCCCCUCUGUCACAGGUAUAAUGGCUGGUUCUAAUAGGUCAGGUGAUCUCAGAGAUGCCCAGAGGUCGAUCCCAAUAGGAACCAUAAUGGCUAUUCUCACCACCUCUUUCAUCUACAUCUCCUGUGUGGUCUUGUUUGGAGCCUGUAUUGAAGGAGUGGUACUGAGAGACAAGUUUGGUUACUCAGUAAAGAAGAACCCUGUGAUUGGUAUUCUGGCCUGGCCAUCACCCUGGGUGAUUGUGAUUGGCUCCUUCUUCUCCUGCUGUGGGGCGGGGCUUCAGAGCCUCACUGGUGCCCCCCGGCUGCUGCAGGCCAUUGCUCGCGAUGGCAUCAUCCCAUUUUUACAGGUCUUUGGCCAUGGGAAGUCGAAUGGUGAGCCCACAUGGGCUCUGUUGCUGACAGUUGGGAUCUGUGAGAUAGGAAUCCUCAUUGCUUCUCUGGAUGCUGUGGCCCCCAUCCUCUCCAUGUUCUUCCUCAUGUGCUAUCUUUUUGUCAACCUGGCCUGCGCUGUACAGACUUUGCUCCGUACCCCAAACUGGAGACCUCGCUUCAAGUUCUAUCACUGGACUCUGUCCUUCUUAGGGAUGAGUCUGUGUCUCUCCCUUAUGUUUAUCUGCUCCUGGUACUAUGCCCUGGUUGCCAUGGUGAUAGCCGGAUGUAUCUACAAGUACAUUGAGUACAGAGGGGCAGAGAAGGAGUGGGGAGAUGGUAUCCGAGGCCUGUCCUUAAAUGCAGCACGCUACGCUCUCAUCCGGCUGGAGGAAGUGCAACUACACACCAAAAACUGGAGGCCUCAGCUGUUGGUGUUGUGUAAGCUGGACUCAGACCUGGCAGUUAAACACCCUCGUCUCCUGUCGUUCACCACGCAGCUCAAAGCAGGGAAGGGACUGACCAUUGUCUGUUCAGUCCUGGUGGGAACCUACAUGACCCGGGGGAAUGACGCCAAGACUGGAGAGCAGAACUUGAAAGCUGUCAUGGCAGCAGAGCGAACUAAGGGUUUUUGCCAUGUGGUGGUUUCGUCUAACCUGCGAGAUGGUUUCUCCCUCCUCAUCCAAUCAGCAGGACUGGGAGGAAUGAAACACAAUGCCGUCCUGAUGGCCUGGCCAGCGGGUUGGAAACAAGCCCGGGACUCUUCUGCGAGGAGGAAUUUCAUAGAAACAGUGAGAGAGACAACAGCAGCGCAUCAGGCUCUGCUGGUUGCUAAGAACAUUGACCGCUUCCCUGAUAACCACGAACGUCUGAAGAACGGAUUCAUCGAUGUGUGGUGGAUUGUACAUGAUGGUGGACUGCUUAUGCUGCUGCCAUUUUUACUUAGCCAGCACAAGGUAUGGAGGAAGUGCAAAAUGCGGAUCUUCACAGUGGCCCAGAUGGAUGACAAUUCCAUCCAGAUGAAGAAAGAUCUCCAGAUGUUUCUCUACCAUCUGCGACUGGAUGCAGAGGUGGAGGUGGUGGAAAUGCAUGACAGUGAUAUUUCAGCCUUCACCUAUGAGAAGACGCUGAUGAUGGAGCAGAGAUCUCAAAUGCUCAAACAGAUGCAGCUGUCUCGCACUGAGAGGGAGAGAGAGAUUCAGAGUAUCACAGAUGUAUCGCGUGGCUCCAUAAAGAGGAAGAAGUCAUCAGGUGUUGAUGCCCCACCCCUCAACACCCUGUGCAUACCAGAGGAUGAGGCCCAGUUGAUCCAUGACCGCAACACGGCCUCUCACUCUGCAACAAAUGACAAAGCUGCAGGCGCCACACCAGAUCGUGUCCAUAUGACCUGGACCAAAGACAAACUGGUCAGCGAGAGGAACAGACAAAGAGAAGGCAUGGCAGUUAAAGACAUGUUUAAUAUGAAACCUGAGUGGGAGCAUCUGAGCCAGUCCAAUGUGCGCAGGAUGCACACAGCUGUGAAGCUCAAUGAGGCAGUCGCCAAGAAAUCCCAUGAUUCACAGCUGGUCUUGCUCAACAUGCCAGGCCCACCAAAGAACAAGAAAGGGGAUGAGAACUAUAUGGAAUUCUUGGAAGUUCUGAUGGAAGGCUUAGAUCGUGUCCUGUUGGUUCGUGGAGGAGGUCGGGAGGUCAUUACCAUCUACUCUUAGUGCCAACAUGUUCCUAACUGUUCAGAGGGACACUGGAAGAAAACAUGGUUGUGCAGUCAGCACUGGGGGAGUUGACAAAGAGGGGGAUGGCUUCAAGAUGGGACAUGGACAAAGACAGUGGAGAUACAGCACAGACCCCCUCACACUUGUCAGGAGAAAAGAAUUGAGUGUAGCUUAACAUUUUGGAGGACUAAGGUCACUGUGACCGUCAGGGAGACCUCUCUACACACCCUUGGCUCAGUGCAUCAUCUCAGGACAUAGAGGGCCCUCUACACAAUGUCCUCCUAAGGCUCCAUAGCUCCCCCACGUCUCUACACUGGUAGAUGAGAAGCUGCCCUGUAGAGAUGUUCUUUCCUCAGAUAUACCAAAAACAUUUUGGAAGAAAGAACACUAACUGCAAAAUGUUAUUUUUAGUAUUUUAUAGCUUUUCAUAGCUAUCAGUAAGCCUAUUGGUUUCAGGAAUGUUGACAUGCCUGACUGUCUUUUUUUUCAGUGCCAUUGACGUAACUUUUCACUGAUACACAGUAUGACUGACUUUGGAAUGACAGGAUGAGUUGUGUUCUUAAGUCAUCAUGUAUAUUACAGAAUGUCAUGCUUGUCUCAUAUUGCUGUCUAAGAAGUUAGGACCAAAGUUUCUCUUAUUACAAUAAGGACAGUUAAAAAGAAAAUAUAGUAGUAUUGAUUGGAAUUAAUAGGUAAGAUUGUCUUGAACUCUGCUCACCUGUGUUAAUGUCAGAGAUAAUAUUAACAUGCCUUGUGCAAUCAAAAAGGAAGAGUAUAUAUUGUGUUUCUUCAUUCAUUUUUAUGUGCCUGUAAAUGGAUUAAUAAAGGUUUAAUGUGAAGGAACACUGGCUGAAGCCCAGAACAUACCCACAUAUAUCAUGUCUUUAUACACAACAGCAAUAAUGUGGGAGAUCACACUUUGGUGGGGCCUUCCACACAGAGUCAGUGUUUUAGCUGAUCUUGUGCCCCUUGGAAAUGUGAAAACAUACUAACUUGUCUUCAUGAUUUAAAGAGAGCAGCAUUAAAAGGUAAUUCCAGUUUGUUGUAGCAAUAUUGCUGUAUUCAUAACAAGACCCAAAUUGUAAUAAAUCAGAAUUAUCUUUA